AUGAAAGACGAACGUGUGAGCGUUUUGGACAUUAUAAACACUUUUGAAAGCACCAAACGAUUAAGUAUGAGCGGAAUCAAUGGAGCGUUUGAUUCAAAUACAAUGCGCUCACAUUCUCUGUUUCAAUUACAGGACGAGGAUGACGAUGACGAGAUACUUGCUGCUGUUAAAUCACCCACUUUCGAUUCAUCAGACGAUGAAGACAAUGACACUGCAGCAGACAUUAAGAAAAUUUCUGCUAAUAUUACAUCCAUCGUUAAUUUUUCGAGUUCAGCAGAAUCAAAAUCAUUUGAAGUGGAAAAUGGCAAGUGUGAAAAAGCAUUGUUCAACAUUGCUGACAUGGCAUUUGAACUGCACAACACAGUAACGGACGAGAAACAAAUGAUGGACAUGAUACAAAAAGCAGAAACACUAUCAGAUCAUCCUCUAGAUUUCACCAAAGAUCUGUUAGAUCCAAAAAAGAAAUGCACACUUCUUCAUACAGCUGCAAAAUUAGACUUUCUAACUGUUAUGCAAUAUUUACUCGAUAAACAACCAGAGUUGUUGGAAUCAAAAGAUAGAGCAGAGGCAACUCCUAUUUUUUAUGCUUGCUCGAGUGCUCACAGCAAGAGUGUGACCAUGUUAGCCAUUAAUGGAGCGAAUUUAAAUAUUCAGGACAAAUAUGAAGCCUCUCCUCUCAGUGUCUCUCUCAACUCCAAGAAUAAGUCAAAAGGAUUUUCUGUUGCACGAGUGCUGCUUGGUUUUCAUGUAGAUGUGGAAUAUAAGGUAUAUUGUGGGAAUAGUAUUCUUCAUUUAGCCUGUCGAGAAGGCGAUUUAGAAAAAGUUCAAUUCAUUGUUGAAGAUUUGAAACAUAAUAUUUUCAGAAGAAAUACCAAACAAGAAUCAUGCUUAUUCAGAGCAGUACGACACCCACAUGUGACAAAAUAUUUGUUGGAAUAUUGUAAUAACCAAAUUGGUCAUGAAAAAUUACUCAAAUUACUCUUUAUGAAAAAUGAUAAGGGUCAAACAGUCAUUCAUCAUAUAUGUUCAAAAGGAUACUUGGAAAGUUUGAUACACAUUAUUUCAAUGUUGUCUCAUGAUGUUGAAAAAAUUGAACAAUUGUUUAACGAAAAAGAUUCUGCCUAUGGAUUAACUCCAUUGCAUAUUUCAGUGCUCUCAGAACAAGAAGCCAUUUUCGAAUUGUUCAUAAGAUCUAAAGAAGUUCAAUUGGAUGUACAAAACAAGAUUGGCGAUACUCCUCUGCACAUUGCCGUGCGAAAUGAAAAUUUGCCCAUGAUCAAAGAACUCUAUCACUUGUACAGUUCAAAAAGUCUUCAACUCAAAAAUUGUCAGAAAAAGACCAUUGAAAAAUUGGCAAAGGAGAGAAAUAUUGAUUUAAAGAAAAUGGAAAAAGAGCUUGAGCAAGAUAAUGCAGGCAUUCAAAAAGAAAGUUUUUGGAGUUCGUUGUUUGGAAAGAAGAAAAAAGAGAAGACUAGAAACACCAUGAGUUUUAGCUCACAAUCAGCAACAGAACUUCAAUCAAGAAUGUCCACAGUUUCUAGACGGAAUUCUCUUCUAGUUGCUGUGUCUUGGGAUCCUCAAAAGUAUGCAGUUGGUUACGAUCAAAUUGACUCUCAACACAUGCAGUUAAUUGAAUGGUUGAAGAACCUCAGUGAAGCCUCUCUCACAAAACAAUCACAUUGGGUUGUUGGUUAUACGAUUGGUUGUUUAUUGGAGUAUACAGAAUUUCACUUUGAGGAUGAAGAAUUGUUAAUGAUGAAGUACAGAAAAGGUAUUGGUGAGGAUUAUGUAAAGAAGCAUUUGUUAGAACAUGAAACUUUUACUACAAAAAUUCGAAACAUGCAACGGGAAUAUGUUAAAAAUCAUAGUACAAGUUUGGACAUUGAAUUGCUGAAUUAUCUUAUUGAUUGGCUUGUAAAGCACAUCAAUUUUACAGACAGAAAACUUGCUGAAUUUGUGAACCAUCAUCCACCAGACGAUGAAGUAAAAUAA